AUGCCGCCGCGGCUACAGCCCCUCGCGUCCGUGUCACAUGCGCAGUUUCCGCUCCAAGAGGCGGAGGAGCUGACCGUGCUCAAAGCGAUUGUGUCGAGGGAGUUGAGUCUGGACCAGUUGCUCCAGUUGGUCACGUCGUUUGACGCAGCGCCGGUCGAUGUUCUGGCGUGUGUGCUGCGCGUGCGCGACACAUCGCUCGCCGUCGUCGAGGCAAUUGCGACGUGGCGCGGCUUCAUGGUUCGCCCCGUCCCAUUCUUAUGGCACGACGUGAACUAUCUCCAUCGCAUGGCAAGCGACGCCGAUUUCCUCUCCAAGAGCACCGUGCUCCACCAUGUGCUCGGGCUCAAGCUCAAGCGCCGCAACCCGUUCUGCACUGUGCCUGGCUUGGACGCGGGGUGGAUGCAGGUACCCCGCGACGACCCUGCCGCGGGUCUGUCGGCCAAAACCGACACGAAUGUGGGAGUGCGCAUCCACGAAGCGUCCAUGUACGUGCUCGAGGAAGAGCACCGCAUGGGCGGGCCGUACAAGCCACCGUGCACCGACCCAAGGUGGGCGUACAUGGUCCAGCGAGAAGCCGAGCACAUCACACAGCUGCGAUUUGGUAAAGCUCCCACGUCGACACCAUCGUGACAUUCUCUCGUGCAAAAGCAUUUGCGUUGAUGGAGUCGUGUUGCUUCGCAGCUAUCACAGCAGCGCAUAGUGCCCUGAUGGCAAUUGGUAAAUCACGCCAUCGACUUGAAGCUACAUGCACGUUGUCCAAAUGAGUGGCUGGGGCACGAUCAAGAGGUUGUACCUCGUCG